AAGUCCCCUACAGUUCUCUCUCUCUCUCUCUCUCUCUCUCUCUCUCUCUCUAAUGGCAGCUAAACGGUUUUUUAACGAACCUGGGUCCGACCAGGAUCAACCACCGGAGAAAAAAACCAGAACCAGACCUUCUUUUGCUUCUGUAAUUGGAGAAGUGGUUAUGGUGAAUUCGAUUCAGAAUUUCUUUUCUGCUAUAGAGCCGAUGCUGAGAAAAGUGGUGAAUGAAGAAGUAGAGCGAGGUGUAAAGCAAAGUUUACGUUCUUUAUCUCGGUCGCCUUCGUUGCGUAUUCAAGCUCUUGAGCCGUCAAGCCUGAAGCUGAUCUUCAGCAAGAAGCUCUCUCUGCCGAUAUUCACCGGCAGCAAGAUCACGGACGUCGAAAACAACCCACUUCAGGUCGUCCUCGUCGACAACAGAGGCGGCCACAUGAUAUCGGCCAAUCUCGCUCAGCCGAUUAAAAUAGAAAUCGUCGUUGUCGACGGCGAUUUCUCUCCGGGAGAGGGCGAAAACUGGAGCAGUGAGGAGUUUGAAAACAAGAUAGUGAAGGAGAGAACCGGCAAGCGGCCUUUGCUCACCGGAGAAAUGAGUAAUAUCACCAUGCGAGACGGGUUUGCACCGAUCGGAGAUAUUGAAUUCACCGACAACUCAAGCUGGAUUCGGAGCCGGAAGUUCAGAAUUGGCGUCAAAGUUGUUGCCGGAAAUUGUCAGGGAAUCAGAAUCCGCGAAGCCAUUACUGAAGCAUUUGUUGUGAAAGAUCACCGUGGAGAAUUGUACAAGAAGCAUCAUCCACCAAUGUUGCAAGAUGAAGUGUGGCGUCUUGAGAAAAUCGGGAAAGACGGAGCUUUUCAUAAGAAGCUCGCUUCUGCAGGCAUUAAAUCGGUGCAAGAUUUCCUGAAAGAAUCCGUUGUAGCUCCACAAAAGCUCCGAAGGAUUUUAGGAGCCGGAAUGUCUGAGAAAAUGUGGGAAGUGACAUCAAAGCAUGCAAGAACCUGUGUUAUGGGCAACAAGCUUCGUAUUUAUCGUGGAAACAAUUGCACCAUCAUCUUGAAUCCGAUUUGUCAAGUUGUUAAGGCUGAGAUUAAUGGCCAGAUAUAUCCUACUCGCGAACUGUCAAGCCUUAAUAGGGCCUAUAUAGAAAGUUUGGUGUGCGAAGCUUAUCUAAAUUGGCAAAAACUGGAAGAGGUUGAAGGAAGUUUGAAUGAGCCAGCCCUUCUAACACUGGGUGAAGUUGUGGAGCAAUAUCCUAAUAGUAAUAUGGCCAUGGUGAAAUCUGUGGAACAAAAUGUUUACACAGCUGACAAAGCUUUCGAGCUCGGGUACCCGCCGAGCCAUUCACAUCCUGAUUGCAAUGACUGGCAGAUUCAAACUGCAUAUCCAGCUAUUGGAUUUGCCAUCUCUGAGUCAUCGUCAGAUGGGGAUUUGACACCUACCUCGAGGUCCUUCAUCAAUGGGAAUUGAUGAUGUCAAAAUUUGUCUGGAAAUUUGGUGAAAGAUUUGGUUGUGUAUGUAAGUGGGGAAUAGAUAGAAGACAAGUCCCCGGCCCCUGUCGCCCUCUAAUUUUUUCAGUGUCUCUUUUCAUGUUUUUCCUGCCUGUUGUAUUGCAUUUGUGUACAUAUGGUAAAAGAAUGUGAAGGCAGAUGGAUUGCUGAAAAAGAAUUGGGACAGUGUUCUUCUUCUAUGCCAUCAUUAUUCACCAGUCCAGCGAACCAAGUUUGAUUUCAA